CCCCUCUCCGCCUCGUGGAAACUGGGUCACCGGCCCGGGACACAAAAGCGGGCGCGGCCACUGGUAUGGGGAGAGGGAGGCCCCGCCCUGCCAGGUCCCGCCCCUCCCCCUCCUGCGCCCGGGCCGCCUCUUCCCGCGCGGCCCAGAAGGGUGGGUGAGGGAGAUGGGGGCGCGAACCCCUCCCCCCGCCCCUACCCGUCGUCCUGCUGGUUCUUGCUCGCGUUGAUCUUGGAGCCCUCAGCGAACUCCUCCUGGCCGCCGCUCAUCUCGGUCGCGUCUUCCAUGGCGAGCAGCCCGGCCCCUUUGCGCAGCCGCAGGGCGGAGCACCCGCUGCCCCGCUCACCUGCUGUGCCUCACGUGCCGCCGCCAUGGUUGAGCUGCCGGUGCCGGCGGAGGUGCGCGUCAUCCUGCUGGACAUUGAGGGCACCACCACCCCCAUCGCCUUCGUCCAGGAGAAGGCUUAAGACUAUGGGAAGUCUGCAAGGCCUGCAGGAGGCAUCAGGACAAAUGCUGUGCAUUAUUCAAAUGUGCAGUUCUCCAGCCACGGAGACCUUGUUCCCUUACAUCAAAGACAAUGUGAAGGAGUAUCUGCGUGCUCACUGGGAGGAGGAAGAGUGUCAGCAGGAUGUUGGACUUCUGAGGAAACAGGCUCAGGAGGACUCCAGCUUGGAUGGGGCUGUGCCAAUCCCUUUGGAGAGUGGAAGUGGAGAGGAGGAGCUGGAGCAGGUCAUCCAGGCAGUCGUAGACAACGUGCAUUGGCAGAUGUCUCUGGACAGGAAGACCACAGCACUGAAGCAGCUGCAGGGUCACAUGUGGAGAGCAGCCUAUGCAACUGGACAAGUCAAAGGAGAAAUCUUCAAGGACGUGGUUCCAGCCAUCCAGAAGUGGCGACAAGCAGGGAUGAAGGUCUAUAUCUACUCCUCAGGCAGCAUUGAAGCUCAGAAGCUUCUGUUCAGAUACUCUACAGAAGGUGAUAUCCUAGAGCUCUUUGAUGGCCACUUUGAUACCAAAAUAGGCUCCAAGGUACAAAGUGAGAGCUACAGAAGGAUUGCUGCCAGUAUUGGGUAUGCCACCAACAACAUCCUCUUCCUGACAGAUCUCCCUCGAGAAGCCAGCGCAGCAGAGGAAGCAGAUACUCACGUGGCUGUGGUGAUCAGACCUGGCAAUGCAGGACUGACGGACGAUGAGAAGUCAUAUUACAGCCUCAUCUCAUCUUUCACUGAACUUUUCCUGCCUUCCUCCACUUAGGGAAAGUGGCGCAUGCACAAAAGACUCUGCUUCACCUGAAUUGUCCUUGUGUAAUGUUAGGUAAUUUUGCCCAUAACCAGAGUUUAAAUCAAAUCCACAUAAUGUCUUGGGCCUGUGACUAGUUCAGGCAGGUAUAGAUGGGAGAGUAUGGUGCAGGGUCCCAUGUGCAGUAGGACUGAGGCCUGCAGCAGUCAGCUGGAGCUGUGAACAGGGUGAGGAGCAGCACCUGUGAGCAGUGCUGUUCUUCCCCUUUCCCAGCUAGCAGUUAGCUCAGGGGAUGCUUCCUUCAGACUCAACCAUUGAAAUCUGGUGUUGAGAUGCCCCACUAUGGCAGAGCUCUGUCACUUUCCAAAAUAGUCACCAAACAAGGUAUAUGUCCCCUGUCCCAGAGGGACCUCCAGGGACUGUGAGGGAACGUGAGCUUCUCCAUGCAGGUGGGGUUGCUGGCUAAGUCAAAACUUUCAAAGUUAGUGGGCUUAGAAUGCCCAAAGGAAAAUGCCGAAUGUGGGCUAUAAUACAGUAGGUUUGGGCAGCCACAGAAAAAGCCAGCCCUUGCUGCAGGCAAGCUUUUUUAGAUUAAGAACAACUUAAAUCUUGGCCAUAUCCACAGCAGAUUUAGGUACAAAAUAGCACAACUUGCAUAUGGAAGCUAUACAGCCAGCCUGCCAGAAUAAAGUAUAUAUAAUUAUGAUUUUAAAAAUUAAAGUCUAGACCCACCUCACUGCUGUGUCGUUGUGCUGGGCUAUGGGAUCCAACUGGCUAAACACCAAAGUCAUCUUGACUGCAUUUCUGAACUAUCUCCCUUAGCACAGAGCUCCUUCUCAGUUGCCUGUGUCACCCUGUGACACAUUCAUACCACUGGUCAGUCUUGCUGCAUUUAAUGAGAAUGAAAACCUUGACCUUUUCACUCACCUUAUCUAAAUUGUGCCAAUUUAUAUGAGAUAGUGAUGGAACUUUUCCUAAUGUAGUUAAUAAAAACACAAUUUUGCUUCCGUUGUGUUCACUCCAUCCCAGUAUUUAGCCUGUCAGCAGCACCCAGCAAUUAAAGGCAAAUCUCUGGGGUUUUAAACCUGUGAACACUUCGUUUUCCUGCUUUUUUCCCUCCCAAGUCCUUUAGUUAAGGCAAGAAAACUAUUACCUCCCUAACUGUCUUAGGAUUUCAGUAGGGACUCAGUGGAGGGGUUAAGAAGUGAGAGUCACAGCUGGGUUCUACCUAGUAACAGUGGAGGCAAAGGCAGUCUGAAACCCACGCUCCCUGCUGCUGGCACUUUGUGCAAGGGUGUCACUUGCUACUCACUCAUUUCUACAUGGCUGCAGUUGCCCUCAGGGAUGGCUAAAACAACACUACUGCAUGUGUUGCCUUCCUGAGCUCCCAUCUACAGCUGUCCCUGAUGAAGGAAACUGCUGUGUAAAGAACCAGCAAGAAAUGGGCAUUUGGGGAGGAAACAUCAUCAUGCCAGCAUUGGUAGCAGGUGGGAGGGAGGCAGUUGGUGUGGAUGCCUUUUCUGGCAAUGUAAUGUGUCUAAUCCUCCUCCUAGAAAAUCUGAUAAUCAGCACUGUCAAGUGUAUCUGCAAGGCUAAAUAGUCUCUGACUUCCUGAAUUGUUAAUUUUAGUCAUAACACUGUAAAUACCACAUUUUUUCUUUACCAGCUAUGGGGUAGGGGACAAAAUUAAAGCUCACUUUCUCCAUAAAAGCACUUUAUUUAGUGGUCAUGUUUCAGUGUGUAUCAGUUGUCAUUGAAUUAUACUGAAAUGUGCUAUUAGAAAUACUCUUAAGAAGUGUACAGUAUUAUCACCAAAACACCUGAAGUUCAGCUCGGAUUGCAUAUAGGAAAAGAGAGGGAAAAAUAAAUCACAAACAUAAUUUUUUCCCCCUUUCAUAAAAUUACAAAAUAUAAAAUGAUAAACUGAAGUAAUAAUUCUUUUUUAAACAAA